AGACCAGCGGUUCGAAUCUGGGUCAUAGCAUUGCGAUCUGGCUAUAUCAUCGUGUCAGUCGGUGGCAAUGGCCUCGUUUGCUUCCUUGUAUUUACGGUUAAACAGCUACAAAUUCCAACGAACUAUUUCAUCCUGUCCCUGGCGCUGGCCGACUUCUUAUUCGCUGUUAUAUGUCUGCCUUUCCGCAUUGUCAAUGUGCUGCAGUAUUACCUGUGGACACUCGGCUUAGGUACCUGCAAAUUCUGGGUCUGGCUGGAUCUUGUCUUCUGUUCUGCCUCCAUCGCAAACCUAGCAGCUAUUAGCGUAGACCGCUAUUUAAAAAUCGCUUCCCCGCUAACCUACGACAUCCGAAUGACAUCAAGACGCGUCGUUUUUAUCCUAAUAACAUUAUGGGGAUAUUCUACGUCUCUGGCGUCGCUCUCAUUUGUGUCCGGCGACGCGUCGGGCAUUAUAGUACGGAACCAAAUGUGUUACAUCGACAACAAGAUCUUCCUGACAGUAAUUUCCGUCAUCGGAUUUUUUGCCCCCUUUGCCAUUAUGCUACUAAUGUACUGUUUUGUUUUUAAAGUGGCGGUUGGUCAAGCGAAGGAACUAUUUCGUUUGCAAGAGUCGCUUUACAACGGGAGUCAGCCGAAGGCGCGGCGAAAAUCUAGCCGAAUAUCACCAGGAACAAUUUUCUUUGAAGUAAAAGCGACCAAAACGCUGAUUAUACUGUUGAGUGUGUUUUGCAUCUGUUGGUCACCGUUUUUCGUUCUCACUCUGCUUAGUCUCCACAGUAAGGCUCUACUCGAACCGCCUGGUUGGUUGUCGAAACUUCUCAAGAUCGUCUUCGUGCAUCUUUUGCCCAACUGCAACGCAGCUUUCAACCCGAUCAUUUACACCACCUAUAACCUUCAGUUCCGUAAAGCUAUUCAGAGACUGUUCAAGCGUUACAGAAACCGAGAACGGUCAGGAAGUUUCAGCUCUUUUUCGGAGCCUCCGACAGAAGUCCGAAAGAAGAUGAACUCUGCACUCUGGACAAAAGCGCCAACAACAACCUCUGUCUACUUCUCUACUGGCGAAGAAGGAACAGAUCGCAUUUUGCCAGAAUCAUAGCAAAAUCUACUGAGCUCAGUCUAGGACCGAUUGCCAUAGGGGGAAAGCUCUAGUUUUCGUUUCAAAAAUGAGAUACAUUUCGGCUCCUAUUUUCAUUUUCACUGUUUUUCAUUCAUGUGUAGAUAGAAUAUUAUUUCAUGAUCAUCGUUAUACAGUCUAUACAGGUAAAUUUCCUUACCAUUAAAUUUAACCAAUACCUGAUUCAAUAGCUUAUCGAUUCAGUUACGCCAAGAGCUCUCAAUAAGCAAUCGUGGAAUUGCGAUUGAAAGAUGGCGCCAAGGGGUAUUUAAUAUGUCUACUGACUGGAAUUUAGAAGACACCCAUUUACAGCUCGAGAUUAAAAAGUCGGUUAAUGUUAAGAGCUUAAGAUAAAAACAGCUUUCCAUAUGUUUACAGCUGUAAGGUAUCGAUAAAAAAUCCAGAAAAAUGAGUUAAUGUUUUUGAGCUUAUCAGCGCGAAAAAAUUCUGCAUAAUAUCAUUUUAACUCUGGCAUAAGACGACUUCUUCGUACGAGCCAAAAUUCUCACCAAAAUAGUAUUGUAUGAAGCAAUAUCGCACUGAUGAGAUUGCCAGUAACAAAUGGGGCACAAUACAAGUUAAAUUGAAGAUUAUAACAUGAAAUAUGACCAAAUUGCGGCAAAAAUUGUCACCUGUCCAUUUUAUCUCGAGAGCGUCAAACAAAAAGCUGCCAGCCUCUAUGCAUUCAUAUCUUCCGAGAAAUAAAAAUUAUGGUUAUUUGAGGAAAAUAAUCAAUAGGCUAUAAUGUUUAAAAGAAGCUGAUAUUUUCUGCGGACAUUUCUUUUUUACAAGUCUAGCUUCAUGGAAUUGUUGACAUACCUACUAUAUUAUGCGUAUUCGUUACUACAGCUCCCGUUGAUUCUUCUCCCUGACUUCUGUCUCAAUUUUUAGAUUGAUUGUAAUGGAACAAACGAAUCUUUUCCGAGGGCCUUUGUUUAGCCAAAAGCAAAUAAAUUGAAUCAACGCAGAGACAAGUUCAGAGAAAAUUGGCGACGGUACAGUCUAAAUAUAGUUCUCAAAGAGGAGCAAAUAAAGAGAUUGUGCUUUUCCGGCGAUAAAUUAGAAAACACCGAACAGUUUAUACGAUUCGAAAAUUGUUGAACGUUUUUCAUAAAAAAUAGUAAAUUCACGCAAGCAGAAGUUUACUCCUAAUUUCUAAUUUUGCCUUGAAAAAGUGUCUGGUGAUGAAAUGGGAUUGGGUACUUUUUUAAUCCUUAAUACAAAUUCAUUAAUUAUUUGAACCCUCUAAGCUGGAAAAGAAAUACGCGUAUUAUUUACCUUUGAGGAUUUUAAAUAUUCAUGGUGCUUAUUAGCUUGUGAAAUAGGUAGCUAACAUCAAUAAAAUCGCCUCGAGCAAGAAGUGUAGCUUGUAAAAAUAGAUUUAUUUUCCCGUAAGACAAGCCUUUGGCAAUUAUGUCUGGAAAAGAAUUAAGAUAAGAAAAAUCGUCAUAUUCUUUCAGAACGUAAAUGAAAAUCUCAAUAAACAGAUUGGAAAUCUCCCAUGAAUGCCUUUUUUAUUAGAAUGCGUAAUAAGAAUGCAUUGUAAAAGGAGCUCGUUAGUCAAUCGCAAAGAAAGAAAUACAACUCCUGUUAAUUUUUAUUAACAGUUCCCUUUAUAAUAAAACUGAUAAAGAGGAACCCUUCUUUUGUAGAAGCUUUUUUCAAUUCUCUCGUCACUGACAAAAACAAUUCUUACCGAACAAAAUAAUGAUCCCCGAACUCUUGAACAGAGGGCUGCAAUUUCAAUUAAACUACUAAUGAUUUACCAGCAGUUGAUGAAAGUGAAACAUUUUUCAAAGACCAAUAUGUUUAAAGCCUUAGGGAUAUUUUUAAUUGAAUCAUCGGGUAUCCCCAAACAAUAAAUCUAGGACAAAAUAUAUGCAGAUACGACAACACUUUCCUCAAAGUUGACGUUUCCCUGUAAAUUGAUGAUGAUUAAUUAAGGAAAUCUAAUCGAAUUAUACUCGGUUAAAAAUUAAUCGAAAUAAAUCAUCCCCAGCUAUUGCAAUAGGUGAAUCUCCUGCAACAAAUUACGUGAGCGUGUUGUCCGACUUCCAUUCAAUUU